AUGAAGGAAAUUCUAUUAUCAAAUUGUGAAAAAAAUUUUGUAAAUAAAUCAGUUGAACAAGGAAUACGAUUAGAUGGUAGAAGUUUAUUGGAAGCACGACCUGUUAAAAUUUAUUUUGCAUCUAAUUGGGGUAGUUGUAUGGUUUUGCUUGGUCAAACAAGAGUUAUAGCACAAGUAACUUGUGAUAUUCAACAACCAAAGACUUCUCGUCCUAAUGAAGGAAUGUUACAUAUAAAUGUUGAACUUAAUCCAAUGGCUGCACAACAUUUUGAUAGUGGUAGACAAUCUGAAAUUUCAAUAUUAAUUAGCCGCCAACUUGAAAAAUGUUACCAAGAUUCCAAAUGUAUAGAUCUAGAAUCUUUGUGUAUUAUAGCUGAUAAAAAGGUAUGGAAUUUGAGAGUUGAUAUUAAUGUUAUUAAUCAUGAUGGAAAUUUAAUUGAUUGUGCUUCCAUUGCAACAUUAGCUGCUCUUUCACAUUUUCAUAGACCUGAUGUAACUUCAAAUGGUGAAGAUAUUAUUGUUCAUCCAUUUUCUGAAAAGGAUCCUUUACCUUUAACAUUAUAUCAUUAUCCUGUAUGCGUCUCUUUUAUAACAUUUGAAAGUGGAAAUACAGUUAUGGAUCCAACAUAUCUAGAAGAAAGAAUUGGAGUAGCUCAACUUACUCUUGGUAUAAAUUCAUAUAGAGAACUUUGUAGUUUACAUUUUAAUUAUUUAACAAAAACUAUGACUGUAGAAGAUGUAAUAUCAGCAGUUUCUAGUUAUGCAACAAAUUAUGCUGUUCAAUUAGUGCAGCAGAUUAAAGAAACAGUUUUUAGUGAUAUAAAUGCAAGGUAUAAAAAAGAUAAUCAAAAUACAAAUCGUUUUAAAGAAUGUAUAACAACUAAAAAAUUGACUACAAUGAAUAGAGAAUGUAUUAGUAUCAAAUUACGCAAAUGGGAUGAAAUAGAAAAAUUGGAAUCUGAUGUUAACAUGGGAAAAGAAGUUACUGAAAAUUGUACAAUUUUAAAACCUGGAGAAGGUUCUGCUGAGUUAAUAACAGAUACAAGUACAUCAUUUGGUGAAGGUGGACCUAAUACAUGGAAUGUAUCAGAAUCUUCAGAAGAAGAAAUAAGUGAUAUUGAAAUCACUGAUGAAAUAAAAAAAGAAGAAAAUAAAAUUAUAGACAAUAUAGAAAUAAAUGAAAGUAGUGAAGAAGAAACUAUUGAAAUCUUAAAUAAAGAAGAUUUAAUGCAAUGACUAAAAAAAUAAUAUAUAAAAAUAUAAUAUACAUUUUUAUUAAAUAAUAAGACUUCUUUUUCAAUGAAUGUAAUCAAAGUUUUAUAUCAUUACAAAUUUUUAUUAUUUGUCUUCAAAUGAAUUUGUAAAUGUUAUCAAAAUAUGAGUAAAUAUUUAUA